AUGUAAUUAAAUGAUGAUCAAUAAAUUGAUAAAGAAGAUUAAUUUAAUAAUAAUUAGUUUAUAUCUAUAAGAUAAGUGUCUCUAAGAUUGAAUGUAUAUAAGGUUCACAAAUUAGAUUUUAAUUAUCAGAAGAGAACAAAAGUAAUUAAUUAAUUCAUUAACAAUGAAUAAAAUUAUCAGAUGACAGAAUAAUGCAACAAAUAUGAACAGCCUUAAAAAAAUUAAUAUUAAAAUUUUACAAAGGAUCAUAAGAUAAAUACUAUUAUGGGUUAUAAAUAAAUUGAGGAUGAUGAAUCAUUUUUAGGGAGGAUUAUGCAAGAAAUUCUAUGGCUAACAAAAUUAGCUAAUAAUGAAUCAAGCAAAUAAGAAGGGCAGGAUAAAUAUUAAGCUGCAACAUCAUGGAUGAAUGAGAUGGCUCAAAAAUCUGAAGAGAUCAGCGAUUUCUGUUAAUAGAUUUAAGAAGUCUAUAAGGGCAUAAAUUAAAUUUUAAAAAAUUUUUCAUAAAAAUCAGAUGAAGAUAAAGCCAAAGAAAACUUUCAGCAUGUCGUUUUAUUGAAUUAGAAUGAGAAUAAAUAUUGUUGGAGAUUUUUACAUGUUAGCUCAUUCGUUUAAAAUUUAUUAUUCUAAGAUUAUAGCUAAAAUAAGUUGAAAAGUUUACGCUCAAUAUAUAUAAAUUUUACAGGAGAAACCUACUAAAAACACAUUGAUUUUUGGAGUUUGAGUCAUCAUAAAAAUAAAAAACUAUCAAAAUUUAUUACAUUAUAUCCCCUUAACUAUAACGCUUCUGAUUAAUAAUAAGAAAAUGAAUUCACAAAUGAAAAUCAAAACAAAGCUUAAUAUAACUCUUUUCAAACUAUGAUAAACGUUAAGAAAAAUACAAAUCAGUAAACAAUCUUUCCUAUUUUUUAUAAGUCAAUAUUGUCAUAAUCAUAGAUUCAAAUAAUUUAUUCUACUUUAUUGUUACCAAUAAUUAAUUCUUUUUAACCAUAAUUUAUUUAUUUAGAUCUGUAGAUUUCAAAUAAGUUUUAAAUUUAAUUAGAAGGGGUUGAAUAUUUAUUAAGAUAACUUUAAAAAAAAGCAAACUUGAUUGUGUAUCCGUGUUACAAAGUUACAAUAAAUAAUAAAGAUGUUUUAGAUACUGAAUUAUAAAAUUCCUAUUUAAAUGCAGUUUUAUCAGGUAUAUCUGGAUUUAAAAUGAUGAAAACAAAAACUUUAAAUGAUAAUACUCCUUAAGAGAAUUUUAAUUGGGCUAAUUUAAUGUACAAAUCCUUUUAUCAAUCAGAUGCAUUUAUGUAAAAACAAACUUAAUUUUUAAAAACUUAAGCCAUACUAUAUGAUAGAUUCACGUAGUAUUAUGAGGUCUAUCAAUUUCCUAUUAGAUUAGAAAAUGAUCUUAUGUCAUGGAUAAUUCCAUUUGACAUUUACCUUUCAUGUAAAUAAUUUACAAACUAUUAUUGCUUUUACCAUUUAAAUUAUGUUAUUUUGUUUGAUCAGAAUACUAAAUCAAUUUUUUAUUAGGAGAUAUCAACUAUCCCUAAAAAUAUAAUCAAUGGCCUAAUCAAAUAAAAAUUCCUUCAUGCAAAUGUACCAAAACAUUUAAUCGAACCAAGCAUAUUGAUUAUUGGUAAAUACUUAAUUAUUGUUUAUGGCCAUGAGAAAUCACUUCAUGAGUCUAAAUUUUUUGAUGGAAUUCUAAUAUUUGAUUUUGAGGAACUUGAAGAAUUUAAAGAAUACUAACGAGUGCCUGAUGAAAAUACAAAGGAUCUUUUGGGAUGUAUUAGGAAUAGAAGAUGUCCUUAAAUUUGUUAAAACAAUGGAUUUAAAAUUGAGGAGCAUUAAUUAUCAUUCUUUCUUAUAGGUGGUGAAUUUAUGAAGUAAAUUGAAUAAUUAAUUAGAUCUGAUAAUAAUAAGAACUAUAUUGAGGUAGUUAAUGUUGACUUAAAGACCUAAAAAUUCAAAUCAUAUCCGAUAUAAUUUAAGUUGGUACAUUCUUAAGCGUCUUUAAAGCCCUGGCCCUAUUAAUUAGUUUUUGAGUAUAGUUUUUAAAAUGUCCAUUUAUAUUUGAUUCAAACUGGAAGUUAUCUUUUAAAACGAAAUAAAUUUUAGUAUCCCAUAGACCCUAUUUAUCAUAAUUACUCAUAGCUUCUAGUUUAAUAAGAUAAUUAAUAUUCAUUAUACGAUAUAAGAGUUGUUAAGAAAAAAGAUAAGGAAUAUUAUUUAAAGAUAGAAUAGCUUUACAGUCCUUCUAGAAAUUGGAUACUUGAAAUAAGCUAAUGUUCAUAAUCUAAAAUUGUUUGGAAGGCCUACUUAACAAGGUUAGUAAAACUGAAGAAUCCUUCUAAGUGGGAAAUCUUAAAAACAUAUAAACCAUUGUUUUUGGAUAUAAAUUGCAAUACUUAUUUUUAAAUUUGUAUAGAGCUAACAAUUAAUUUGAUAAUUCCUAAUAACCAUUUAGAUUUUAAAAAUUACACAGUUGAGUUGGAUUAUGAAAUAAUGUCUUUGUAAAAAAUAAAUGAUUGA